CUUGAAAUUAAAUGUCAAAGAGUCUGUAAAUCUUAACAAAAGAUAUUCUAAAAUCCAAAAGUAUAUAUGAUUUAACAGUUUGGCUGUAGAAAGCAAAAGCGAUUAGAAACGAAAUUUAAAUUUGGAACAAUAUAAAAAUGUGCUUGGAUAGGUACCAAAAGCCUUGUUGUGUCCUUUUAGGAAUUACGGCGAUUAUAUUGGGCGCUGUGGAGAUAUUAUACAACAGCUACUUGCUAGUGCAGUUUGAGAUAAAUUAUUGGUUAAUAGCAUCAGUGGCAGCCUGGUCGCUGAUUGUCAUUGCCGCAAUAUUUCUGAUUGUGGGCGCGUUAAAGAGAAUGCCACUUCUGCUGAUGAUCUGGGUAAUAGUUGGACUGCUGUGCGGAAUUCCUCUGAUUAUUAUUAGAACUCGCUUGCUGAUAUCUUUCCAUUUGCGCAAAGGUGUAAAUGAAGAUAUUCUACGUGCCAUAAUCAAUAUGUUCUUUUUAUUAUUGGUCUUUGUUUGGUCCUACUACCCCUAUGCGUAUUGGCGUGACAUAAAACUAGGACGAUUCGAACACAUCAACAAUGCGGAGAGAUAGGGCAUUGGGAAUUCGGAAUACUCAGUAAAAUGUUUGCAAGCUUUUCUUUAAAUCGAACCAAUCAAAUCCGACCUCUAGUUGUAUGAUUGUGAUCAACUCGAGUCAAAUCAGCCAUGUCUGCCUUAAAUUCAACAUCCAUUUCGACUCCAUUUCAUGACUUCAUUUUUAAUAAACAAAUAGCCGGCAGUGACCAGGAGAUCCGAAUUUGCAUAAAAUAACAGAAGCAAUAACAAUGGGUGACAACAAAUCAAAUGCGAAUGGUAAACCAACCGCAAAUAGAAAGUGAAAAUCAAA